AGCCGCAUGGCGACGAUAAGCCCGCUGCUGCUGGCGCUGCUUUGGGUCCCCGCCGGGGCCUUGACCUGCUACGGGGACUCGGGGCGACCUGUGGACUGGUUUGUGGUGUACAAGCUGCCGGCCUAUAGCGGGUCCGGGGGACCCCAGAAAGGGCUGCUGUACAAGUACCUGGACCAGGACUCCCGGGGCUGGCGCGACGGCGUGGGGACCAUUGACAGUUCUGCCGGGGCCGUGGGCCGAAGCCUGCUGCCCUUGUACCGAGGCAACACCAGCCAGCUCGCCUUCUUGCUCUACAAUGACCAGCCACCGCCUAGUUCCAGCAGGGCAUGGGACAGUUCCAGCCGUGGACACACGAAGGGUGUCCUGCUCCUGGACCAAGACGGGGGCUUCUGGCUGGUCCACAGUGUACCGCACUUCCCUUCGCCAGCCUCCUCUGCUGCCUACGGGUGGCCACCUAGCGCCCUCAAAUAUGGGCAGACUCUGCUCUGUGUGUCCUUCCCCCUCACCGAGUUCUCCAGGAUCGGCAGUCAGCUGACCUACACCUUCCCCCUGGUCUAUGACCACAAGCUAGAAGGGUUCUUCGCCCAGAAAUUCCCUGAACUGGAGGACGUGAUCAAAGGCCACCACAUUAGUCACGAACCUUGGAACAGAAGUGUAACACUUACAUCCCAGGCAGGGGCUACUUUCCAGAGCUUUGCCAAAUCCACAUACUUUGGAGAUGACCUGUACUCCGGCUGGCUGGCAGAAGCCCUUGGCAGUGACCUGCAGGUCCAGUUCUGGCAGAGGUCUCCAGGCAUUCUGCCCUCCAACUGCUCCGGGGUCUGGAAAGUUCUGGAUGUGACCCAGAUAGACUUCCCUGGGCCGGCCGGGCCCACCUUCAAUGCCACAGAGGACCACUCCAAAUGGUGUGUGGCCACAGGAGGACCCUGGACCUGUGUGGGUGAUAUGAAUCGGAAUGAAGGAGAGGAGCACCGCGGUGGGGGCACAGUGUGUGCCCAGCUGCCGGCCCUCUGGAAGGCCUUCCAGCCCCUAGUGAAGCACUUUGAGAAGUGUUAAGGAGAGCACAGGCAGAAAGCACAGCAGGGUGUGUAAGAGCUGAGGCUCAGGAACCUGUUUGGACUUGACCUUGAAUCCCAGUUCCUCCCCUUCCUAAUUGUGUGGCUUUAAUCUCCCUCUGACUCAGUUUACUAACCUGCAAAAGGGGAAACAUAAUAUAUGCCACUCAGGAUUGUUGAGGAAAUAAAAGGAAAUUGGUGGAU